GGGAUAACUGAGGAGAAAAUUAGAAAAGUGAAAGAAAGCUUGAUGUCAGCUCAUCACACUGCAGCAGGUGGAAACCUGCAGAUCCAAGAGCUGGCCACCUUGAUGCUGCCUGAGGAGGAAAACUUCCUGCUUCUGUUCCGCAGAGAGACCCCUCUGAACAACAGUGUGGAGUUUAUGAGGAUCUGGAGAAACUAUGAUACAGACAGCAGUGGCUACAUCUCAGAUAACGAGCUGAAGGGUUUUCUUCAGGACCUGUUCCUUCAGCACAGGAAGUCCAUCACCCCUGAGAAGCUGGAGGAGUACACAGACACCAUGAUGAAGAUGUUUGACAAAAACAAAGACGGCAGACUGGAUUUAAACGACCUGGCCAGAAUUUUGGCCYUGAAAGAGAACUUCUUACUGAAAUUUAAAAUGGAUGCGUGCAGUCAGGAGGACAGGAAACGGGACUUUGAGAAGAUCUUUGCUCAUUAUGAUGUUAGUAAGACGGGUGAGUUAGAAGGCCCUGAGGUGGACGGGUUUGUGAAGGACAUGAUGGAGCUUGUCAAGCCCAGCAUCAGCGGAGCAGAGCUGGACAAGUUCAGGAAAGCCCUGAUGGGUCACUGCGACAUCAACAGAGACGGCAAAAUCCAGAAGAACGAACUCGCUCUCUGCCUCGGCCUCAAACUCAGYUAACGCCACCCGCUUUUAAUAAAACAUGCUGUGUUUUGGUUCAUUUUACCAAAUCAGUUCACGUCUUAUUGCUUCCCUACUGAGAUCAAAUUGCGUUCAAUUUUUUUGUUCAUACUAAUAAAACAAAAUAAUGUGUUCUUGUGUUAAAACUUUUAGUUUGGGCAAAUAUUUGAUUUAAAAUGUGGAUCUGUGUGGAACUGAAGGUGUUUCUCUUCAUCGCAUGGCUGCUCCUUUGUAAUGUGGAAAUAUGGUGUAAAACAGUGCUUGCAUGAUGAUAAUGUGACGUGAUUAAAAUGAGUACAACAUUAAA